AGAGAGAACGAGAGAGAAGAAAAGAAAGAGAAGGCGAGGGAGAGAGAAGGAGAGGGAGAAGAAAAGAAAGAGAAGGCAAGGGAGAGAGAAGUCGCGGGAAAAAACGUGAGAGAGAGAAGAAAUGAAGGAAGGCGAAGGAGAGAGAAGGCAGACGACAGAGAGAAUGAGAGAGAGAGAGAAAGUGAGAGAGAAGGUGAAGGAGAGCGAGAGAUAGAAGGCGAGAGAGAGAAAGCAAGAGGGAGAGAGAGAAGGUGA